UCCUAAACAACGUGCUGAAAUAUAUUUUGCGAAUGACUUGAUGCACAAUAUUCUUCAUGAAUUAUUUUAAUCUUAUUUGAAUUGGACAUUAUUGCUGUAGUUAACACUACUGUCAGUGCAAUGACAUUUUCCGAAAACUGCCGAAGCCACUUUUAUACCAACCAUCGAAUCCCUUACUAAACUCAGUUAUCUGAAAUAAUUUGCUAAACUACAAUUAUCUGAAAUUCCCAAUAAACCAACGCGCAGCUACAAUAUUAAAUUGCACUCAUCUUCUACAACUUUUUCCAUAAAAUGUCUAUUUUCCAGGCGGGCAGCGCAACUCAAAAUCAGGUUCCUGAUCAAGAACCACCACCUCCUCUCACACCACCAGCAGGUGACAACAUGUUGGACAUGGACCUUCGAGGGAUAUACAACAACAGGCAAGAUUUCACCGCUACUUUCCGGCCAACUGCCGGAAUGACGUUUAACGGGGGCGUAGGGCCAAACGGGUUAACCAAGAAACAAGAGAUGCUGGUCAGAAGUGCCAUUAAGUACUGGGUGGAGAGGCACAAGCACAUCGUCAGGUGAGUAGCUCCACUUUUGCCUUCUUUCUGCACCACUCGAAACGAACGUAUCGAUUUUUUUAUUAGACCGACGUAUCAGGGAUAUUGAAUUCAACUGAAUACGUGAGAUAUCCACGUACUCGAAUGGCAGUAAAAUACGGUUCUGGGUAUGCAAAAGGUAUUUAGUUACCUGCAUGUAACUAAACGCUUUUUGGUCAUUUUUGGUUUACGUGCAGCUUUCGGUGCUUUGAAAGUUUUGAAUCUUGAAGUUUUAGUACUUUAGAAUUGUUUGUUAACUAGAAUUGUUA